AUGAUUAAUUUGCGCCCUCUUCCGUCUGUUAUCUAUUUUAAUCAGCUUUUUACUGCUAUUGUCAAAUUGAAGCGCUUUAAUCCACAUUCCACCAUUAUCUCUCUCUUCAGGCAGCUUGAAUUAUAUGGUAUUAAACCCAAUAUGCAUUCUGUUGGUAUUCUUGCCAAUUGCUACUGUCAUUUGGGCAGAGUUGAUUUUGGCUUCUCUCUCCUUGCUAAAAGACUUAAGCUUGGUUAUUCCCUUGAUUCUGUCAUCUUUAAUACCUUAAUUAACGGCUAUGUUCACUGUGAUAAGCUACCCCAAGCUGCUUCUUUGUUGAAUAAAAUUAUCAAGCUUAAUUAUGGCAUUAAACCCGAUGUUGUCACCUAUAAUUCCUUGGUUCGAGGCCUCUACAAUUCUGGCUCUGGGGAUGAGGCUCAGCGUGUGUUGACUGAGAUGUUAGAGAGCAACAUUGCACCAAAUGUUAAGACCUACAGCAUGCUGGUUGACAUGUUUUGUAAAGAUGGCUGUGUUGAUCAAGCUCAGUCCCUUAUAAAGCACAUGACUGAGAGAGGUGUGCCUCCAAACAUCAUUACUUACAGUGCAUUACUUGAUGGUUAUUGUUUGCGUGGUCAGAUGGAAGAUGCAGAGAACCUACUUCAUCUCAUGGCUGAAAAUGGUUGUGAGCCUAACCUUCAUGAUCUUCCAGAAAUUAUAGGCUUCAUGCAGCAGACUACAAAUGUGCUAUAUGGUAUUAAACCCAAUAUGCAUUCUGUUGGUAUUCUUGCCAAUUGCUACUGUCAUCUGGGCAGAGUUGAUUUUGGCUUCUCUCUCCUUGCUAAAAGACUUAAGCUUGGAUUUCCCCUUGAUCGUGUCAUCUUUAAUACCUUAAUUAACGGCCUGCAACCUGAUGUUAAAACAUACAAUAUAAUGGUCAAAGGCUUCUGCAAGAAAGGGCUCAUGAGUGAAGUUGCUCAAGUGUUGAGGAUAAUGGAGGAAGAUGGUUGCCCCCCUAAUGAUCGAACCUAUAAUACAAUCAUCAGAGGUUUUAUUCUCGGUAACGACUUAUCUAAUGCAUUAUACUAUCGUGAUAUAAUGGUUGGCAAGGGAUUUAAAGCUGAUGCAGCCACUUUCUCAUUAUUUGUUGGGCUCUUGUCAUCUGAAAAUUUAAGUGACUCGAAGAAGGACCUGCUUCAGAAGUUUAUCAGUUAA